AUGGUAUCGACCUGUUCUCCUACCCCUCCGACUGUACCAGGGGAUCCGCUUGGGAUAAACUUUGAGAUUAUGAACCAGAUAUCCGUAUCGCCACUAAGCUCGCACGAAAACGAGAACAUGGAUAAUGUGCUCCAGUCACAGUCACCUGGACUAGAAUUAUCCAUCGGAGAGAUCACCGUAGCGUCGGCUGUGGCCAGCGAAAAAGCCCGAAUCCGACAGCAGUCGGCCAUGCUCGACAAGUGGCUAAUGGCCAACGGUGGAAAUCUUUAUCCGUGUCGUGAAGACAAAGAAAAACUUGCCGCGCAAAUGAAGAUGACCUAUCUGCAGGUGAGUAGCAUCGUCAAUGUUUUUUCGUUUCAUCUUUUUUCGCGUUUUCAUUGCUAA